CAAAGUAGACGGCCGAGAGAAGAGUAGGGAAAGCCAGGGUGGGGGAGCGGCGGCUGGAAUGACGCGUUAGUUCCCAGCAGUACGAAUAAAGCACGUGGGUUUUUGUAACGCGGGUUGUGUUUGUUGGCUCCACAGUUUUCGUAACGCCAUCUAUUAAACUUACUUUUGUGGUGAUAUUGUGAUUGAUUUUAAAAAAUUUUUGUUCAUCUUGAACAUAGUGUUGGACUAGUGAAGGGCUUAACAGGUGCUAUUAUUUUUAUCGUGGACAUUGAGUUUUCUAUACUCAUUUUCGACAUUUUAUACACACCAAUAAAUCGUGCGAUCAUGUACCGUGUACAUAAUGGCUAAAACGAAGUCGAAAAAAGAAGUGGAUAAGGCGUAUUAUCAAAGACAACGUGGAAAUAAACCACCAAAACAAGCGCGAAAAAGUGCAAAUAAACGGAUGCGAGAGUACAGGGCGCGAAAGAAGGCGUUAUUGACUGCAGCCCAGGCAGGUGUAUCAAUUCCGGGUUCUGCAAUACCGGCUGCGGUGGCAGAAUCAUCAGAAACAAUUGAACCACCAUCGACGAGUGAUGAACCCGAUUUAACAGAGCGAAUUUUGGCGUAUAGUGACUUUGCAGCUCAUGACAGUGUACGAAAAGAAUUCAAGAAACAGUUUCUAGACAAUACUUUCGGUGAAGCGUGUAAUAUUUGUGAUCGAUUAUGGUUCAAAAACGAUUUGAAAACGAUAGAAGAGCCACAUCGCGAAUUAUUACAGAGCGACUUUCCCCAGAUUGACAUUAAUCAUUUUAAAGCGUGUAAGACUUGUUUGUCUUCAUUGAACCGAAACAAAAUACCAACAUUUUCAACAUCAAAUGGAUUCAAAUAUCCCCCUAAACCAGCAAAUUUACCAGAAUUAGACUUAAUAUCCGAAAGACUUAUUUCGCCCAGAAUUCCUUUCAUGCAAAUCAGAAGACUGCGACACAUGAGCGGCCAGUACGGGAUUCUCGGACAGGUGAUCAAUGUUCCUGUGGACGUCAAUCUCAUGGUGAACGCACUACCACGGGAUGUUAGCGAUGAUUACUGCAUCAACGUGCACAUCAAACGUAAACAGAUCCAUAAAUCGAGUUAUUUAACCAGUCUCAUAAACAAGAGAAAUAUAAAAGCCUGGUUGCAGUAUCUCUGCAAUAAUCCUCUGUACAAAUUCUACAACAUAACGAUUAAAGAAGAUUUUUUCAAUUACAUGGCAAAUGAGCAAAUUCCCAUUGACGAAAUCAGUGAAAAUAUGACGAUUGAAGACUGCCUCACUGCUCAACAACAAACAUUGCUAUGGAACGAAGAAAAAUAUUUGCAAAUCGCACCAGGAGAAAAAAACGUGCCUCAUAGUUUACUCUUUGAUGAACAUGCUGAAGAAUUGUCAUUUCCAGCGAUUUAUCUCGGACAUUUCAGAGUUUUUAAAGAAGAAAUACAUGUUACACCGUUCAUGAUGGCCACCAGCGAGCUAAACAACCAGAAAAGAGACGACUCGCGAAAAAACAAUGUGACGACGCUUGGGAAGGUAUAAUAACGCCAAAAUGAUGACUAAAAAUUAUCCUUAAGGAGAUAAUGAAUCUAGAUAUCGUAAAAUUGUGCCUUACUCAUCUAAUUCUUCUUAUCGAUAACAAAAUAAUAUCGAAAAGAGAGGCUGAAAGAAUUACUUUCUUUCUUUCUUUCACGGGAAUGGGUUUUUCUCACCAAAAAAUAGAUGAGUGUGGCAUGAGAUAACUAGUGUCAAUGUUGUUUAUCGUUAUCUGUCUAAACUAUUCAGAUAUUUUUUUCUUUCGUAAAAAGCGCAAGCAAAUGAUAUCCGCCCCGUUGUACGUAUUACUACAAAUAAUCAUGGAAACUUCACAGAGGGUAAAAUGAAAUUUUUGAAAUAGUUAAUUGUUGCUGUUGAAUGGAACGCCUAAGAACCGUAAAUGUUAUUGAAUCGGGUGAUGCAAUUGAAUUUUCUUGAUUAGCAAUUUAUGGUGAGCAAAAACUGCCUCUAAUUCAUUAUUACGACAAUAAACCUGAAGUAUGAAGAGAAAAAUUUACGAAAAUAAAUUAUGAAUCUGUUGCUAAGAAAAAGGAAAUAAAAUAAACAACGACGUGGCGUUAAUUUUUAUAAUGAAAAAGAAAUCCUAAGUAUACAAAUGUGCCACGUCAAAUUCAGAUUUUGAAAAUUGAGUGUAAUUUUAAAGAAUAAUUCGAUAAUCUUACGUCAGUUCAUCUUCUGAAUUUGUGUAAAUUUUUUAAAUUCAUAACGCACAAUCAGGAAUUAUACAUGUCCUUCGUUGAACCGCAAAAGACAAAUACCCAUGAUAUUUUUGUGUAAUAAAAAUUGUUACACAGAGAAUUUUCAGAAGAAAUGAUUAAUUAGUGAAAUAAAGAAAUAUAUAUUCUCCAGUACCUAGUCAUAAUGAGACGAAAAACAAUGUUAUAAUUGACGUUAAUUAGGUAACAAGAGUGGGAGAUGGAGAAAAAGUUAAUGAAGCAAUAAACAUAUUUUAUGUACUGUA